AUGAAUAAAUAUAAAAAUAAAUAUAAUACUGAUAAUAAAUUUAAUAAUAGUAAAUAUAUUAAAAAUAAUCAAGUUGAAUUAAGUAAACAGGAAUUAGAGGAUGAAGAAAUUUUAAAAAUAAAUGAUGAUGAAUUUAAUGAAGGAUUAAAUAAACAAGCUCUAUUUCAACAAGAUGAUUAUGUAUAUAAAUUUAAAAAACAACAAAAAGAAGAAAAAAUAGGUGGUGAUGAAAAAACACAAAUAGAUAAUGAAAAACCUGAAGAUUUUAAUAUAACCUUAAAAUCAAUAGAUUUUAAAUCAAUUAAUUUACCUUCUUUUAAAAAAAGAUUCUUACAAUCAUCAACAAUUAAAGAUAUUGAUUCAUUUGAAUUUAUAAAUUCAACUACAGAAUUUAUAAUUGAAAAUAAAAGUGAUGACGAUAAUUAUUAUGAUGAUGAUGAUGAUGAUGAAGGUGACAAAAAUAAAGAAAAAGAAAAAGAAAAAGAAAAAGAAAAAGAAAAAGAAAAAGAAAAAGAAAAAGAAAAAGAAAAAGAAAAAGAAAAAGAAAAAGAAAAAGAAAAAAAUAAAGAAAUUGAAAAUAAAACAUAUCCAAAUAAUUGUAAAAUACCAAUUGCAAAUACAGGAGAAAGUGAAUGUUUACCAAAUACAUUAAAAUUAUUUUUUAAGAAAACUCAAUUUCCAACACCAACUUUAUUUCAACAAUAUGCAUGGCCAGCAAUUUUAACAGGUCAUGAUAUUAUUGGUACAAGUUUACCAGGAUCAGGUAAAACAUUGGGUUAUUUAGCACCAAUGAUACCACAUUGUUUAGCAAGAGUUGAUAGAGGCGGAAAGAAUAAAAUAACAGGGGAAAAAGCACCAAAACAAUAUACAGGUAUUUUAGUAUUGGUAUUAGUACCAACAAGAGAAUUAGGUUUACAGGUUCAUAGUAAUACAUUGAUAAUCACUCAACUAUUUGGAAUUAAAACAUCGGUUAUAUAUGGUGGUAUUUCUAAAAACCUUCAGAUUGAACAAUUGGAAAAAGAAAAACCACAAAUUUUAAUAUCAACACCGGGUCGUUUAAUUGAGAUGAUAGAGAAUGGUCAUGUUGAUCUUUCAAGUGUUACAAUGUUAGUACUGGAUGAGGCUGAUAAAAUGCUUUCCAAAGGUUUAAUACCACAACUUAAACAAAUUCGUGGUCAAAUUAGACCCGAUUCACAAAAUAUAUUAUUUAGUGCCACUUUUCCAGAUUCAUUAAAAGAGGUUUCAAAAGAUUGGAUUAAAGAUCCAUCGAUUCGUUUAAGAAUUGGUUCUUCAGAAUUACCAAAACUAAAUCAUAUUCAACAAGAUGCUCAAUUAAUUGCCCACCAUAAAAAACCACGUGCACUCAUUAAACUAUUAAGUGAGCCACAAUUUAAAGAAAAGAAGAAAACAAUUGUAUUCUUUAAUAAAAUUAAAGAGCUAAAGAGAAUUUCGAUCAUGUUAUUAAAAUCAAAUAUUAAACAUGAUACAAUCUUUGGUAAUAUUGAUCAAGAGUUGAGAGAGAAACUCAUUAAUAAAUUCUCAAGUUCACGAUCAACUCUAUUACUCUCAACCGAUAUCAUUGGUCGUGGUAUUCAUAUCGAUGAUAUUUUCAAUAUUAUAAAUUAUGAUUUUCCAAGAUCUCUAGAACAAUAUUGUCAUAGAGUUGGCCGUGCUGGUAGAUCCGAUAAAGUUGUAAAUCCAAAAGCAUUUAGUUUCCUCACAAACAGUGAUUCUUAUUUGGUUGAACCUUUUGUUCAAUUCCUAAAAGAUCAACAUCAAAAUAUCUCCAUUCCAUUCUUAAAGCUAUGUAAUGAAAACUUUGGUACAAAAUUCGAAUUCACACUUUCAAAAAGAAAACAAAAGAAAUUGGCUCAAAAAGAUGACGUUGAAAAAGAUGAUGAAGCUUACUUGGCAAAAUAUGAAAAAUUAAUUAAAAAAGAUAGAAAAAAAGAUAGUGAUGAUGAAUGUAAAAAAUUUAAAUCAUUUAAAAGAAAAAAUAUUGAUAGUGAUAGUGAUAAUGAUAGUGACAGUAAUAGUGAUAAUGGUAAAGAAACAAAGAGUAAAGAUAAAAAUAAAAAAUUUAAAAAAUAUUAA